GAUGGCAUCGGCGUCGCCUCCUGAAGCGGCUCCCGGACGAGAAGACUUUUUCGCCGCCGCCCACCACCGAGGCCCUCGUGGCGAUCGUAUCCGUCCGAAUGUGCCUUGCUUUGGCGCCCCACCUCCUUUACUCACCUUCAAUCUCUCUUCUGUUCCCCUUCCGCUUACCUUUCCCUUUCCUCUCCCCUGUCCCCUCCUCCGGCCCAGCCGAGCAAGAAAGCGAGAGGAAAAAAAAGCCGCACCGGCUUCUUCCCCCGGAUAGAUGGAGCUGUUCUACGAGCUGCUCCUCACUGCGGCGGUGACCCUCCUCGCCGCGUUCCUUCUGGCCACGCUCGUCACCGCCAAUGAUCCCCCGCGCCGCGAGAGCGGGACCGAUCGCGCCGCCGCCACGAUCACCGAGGAGGCGGUGGAGGAGGAGGAAGAGGAGAGGAUCGUCGAGGUCGACGAGGUGACGCAUAGCGAAGGGAGGGCGGCGCCGGCGGAGGCGGAGGGGUGGGCUGAGGUGGAGAAGGCGCUGGCAGUGGUCGUGGAGGAGGAGGAGCCGGAGUGCUUGGUCGAGGAGGAGGAGGUUCGGUUUAAGGCUGCUCUGGGUGCGCGUGUUGGUGCUGGAGUGGAGGAGGAGCAGGAGGAGGUGCAUGUCGGCGAGAAGCGGCGUGGUUUGACCGCUGCGGCUGCUGCGACGGGGGUGGUUAUUGAGGCGAACCCUCAUGUGUUGGGCACUGAGGUGGUUCCUAGGGAGAUUCUUGAUUUGGUGGGGUUGGAGAGAGGGAGGGUGCAGGAUGUUGGAGUGAAGCAGCAUGAUCUGGGUGCGGAUGUUGCUCCCAGUGAAGUUAUUGACGCGCGAUCGGAGAAGCGGGGAAUUCAGGUUGUUGAAGUUGCUGAAGUGCUCCCCUUGAAAACGGAAGCUGUUGAAGUCAAACAACAUCAUUUGGUUGCUGAAGUUGCUCCUGCUGCGGAGGUUCUUGACGCAGGAUUGAAGGAGGAGAAGAGUGUGCAAGUUAUUGAUGUGAGGCCGGAUGAAUUGACUGCUGAGGCUGCUCCUGAAGAGAUUCUUGACGUGAUAUUAGAGAAGAAGGAGGAGCAAAUUGUUGAGGUGAAGGAGCGUGAAUUGGCUGUAGAGGCUGCUCCACAACCAGUUCUCAAUGUGCCAUUGGCAGAGAAGGAAAAACUUAGAGAUCAAGAACCCAUUGAAGAAGAAGCCGACGAAAAUGAGGAAGUGAUGAGCAAGGAGGAAGCUAAAUGUGAGGCCCAUCCAGUUGAUCAACAAGAAGAAUUGGUACCUGAACAGGAGUUAGUAGCUAGGAAAACUGAUGAUGUGGAGGUCAGUCACGAAGGUAGCUCUAGUGAUAAAGUGGUUACCGAGUUACCUGUGGAGGUAGUGACAUUGCAAGGGCUGCCGGAGGAUGACGCUGAAGCAGACAUGGACUUUGGGGAGUGGGAAGGGAUUGAGAGGAGUGAGGUGGAGAAGAGGUUUGGUGCGGCGGCAGCGUUUGCUGCUAGUGAGGCAGGGGCGACUGCUCUGUCGAAGCUUGAUAGUGACGUGCAGCUGCAGCUUCAAGGGCUCCUCAAGGUUGCCAUUGAUGGUCCCUGUUAUGACUCUACACAGCCACUUACACUGAGGCCUUCAUCUCGCGCAAAAUGGGUCGCUUGGCAAAAGUUAGGGAACAUGCAUCCUGAGAUUGCUAUGGAAAAAUACAUGAAUCUUUUAUCAGAAACUAUUCCGGAGUGGAUGGGAAACAAAACAUCAGACACAAAGAAACAUGAAGCCGGCGGUUCUUCUGGGAGGCCCAUCUUAACCAUGGCUGCUGCAAGCGAUCAACAGAUCAAUCAAGGGAAUGAAGAUAGUACUAGCAUAGAUGAAGGCCGCCUAACGACUUCCCCUAACUCAGAGAAAGGACAGAGCUCUGACAUCCCUGCUGAAUGAAAUUAACACUACUCGAUUAUUCAUGCAUCAGUGAUUCAGCCCAUUGCUGAGAGCCUGAGACCACUAUUGAUGCCUUCCUCAUAAGAUUAGAUUUGUACAGUGGCUGUGGUUGUGCUAAUAUUAGCACUGUGAUGGUGUGGUUCGUGUGUGUAUAUAUAUAUAUAUAUGACUGUAUAUAUCUGUAACUACCGCUCCUUCUGCCGUAUUUGGCCAGUUGCAGACUUAUCAUCGGUUGUAGUCUGUAUAACAACCCCCUGGUAAGUGGUAAUUAUAUUUCUUACCAUGCAGUUUGGAACGACAAAUUAAGUGAUUUAAGGAAGAAUUGCUGAAAUCAUCUUGGUUUGAAGGAGCGUA